AUGGGCGAGCAUAAUCUCCUUAAUCCUGGGUUUGUGGGACCUUUGGUGAACAUCCACACGGGAGACACCUUCUACUUCCCCAAUUUCAGAGCUUCCGGAGGACAGCUGCCUGGCUUGCCGUCUCUCUCCUACCCGAGAAGGGACAAUGUUUGUUCUUUGCCCUGGGCAUCCACAGAGCCCUGCAACGGAUAUCCCCAGCCCUAUCUCAGCAGCCCCGUGUCCAUUAACCCUUCUUUCAGCAGAGCGUGCGACCUAGCUAGAGUGGAGGAGAGUAAAUGCUACUACAGGGAGGCUUGCUCCGAGACUGCCAGCCUCAAGAGGGAGGAAAGGGUCAGGGACAAUGCUUUGAUGCCACUUGAACCUGGGAUUCCCAAUGGAAUGAGCGGUAAUUUCAGCAAAUAUGACUAUCCGGCUGCUGAGACUGUGUCCCACGAUCCCCCUUCUUGUCAGUCCUUGGAGUCAGACUCCAGCUCAUCCUUACUCAAUGAAGGGAAUAAGGGCUCGUCCAGCGAACCAACUACAAUGGUCUCGCCUAUCAACCAAGGAAGCAAUCUGACCACCGGUGGUGCUCCUUGGUACCCGAUGCAUACAAGGUCCCGGAAAAAGCGAAAGCCUUAUUCCAAGCUCCAGCUAGCAGAGCUGGAAGGGGAGUUUAUGGUCAACGAAUUCAUUACCCGCCAAAGAAGGAGGGAGCUCUCAGACCGAUUAAACCUAAGUGAUCAGCAGGUGAAGAUCUGGUUCCAGAACCGACGCAUGAAAAAGAAAAGACUGCUUCUGAGGGAGCAAGCUCUUUCUUUCUUUUAA